GUGCUCUCAGCUUGUGAGCACUGAGCAAUUCAGUGAGUCAACAUUCUUUAGCUCAGUCAAUUUCUGGCUAACGACAAGGAACAAAAGGAUUAAAAACGCUUGUUUAUUCUCUGUUUAAAAUAUUUGGAUUCUACGUUUUAGUCGGAAAAGGAGAAAGAAAAUGCGUCUUAUCCAGAAUAUGUCCACUAUUGCCGAGUGUGCAGCGCCGGAAUACUCGCUUGCAAACCGGGUUAUUAAGAUAGCAGUCAUAGGGGGCAGCGGAGUCGGCAAAACAGCGCUGGUGGUGAGGUUUCUGACAAGGCGCUUUAUUGGAGACUACGAGAGAAAUGCUGGCAACCUGUACUCCAGAGAGGUCCAGGUGGAUGGAGACCAAGUCAGCCUCCAGGUUCAGGACACCCCCGGCGCAGAGUUGACCGACAAUGGCAUCACCCUUCCUGAUCAUGUGACCUGCUCCAUCCAGUGGGCCGACGCCGUGGUGCUGGUGUACUCUGUAACUGACCGCCGCAGCUUCGACUUGAUGCCCCAGCUGCACCAGCUGGUGGCCCACGCCUCCGCUGGCAGAGGAGGCACCAGCACACUAUCCGUCAUCCUACUGGCCAACAAGGUCGACCUGCUGCACCUGAGGCGCGUGGACCCACAGCAGGGUCCCUUGCUGGCAGCCACGCUGGGCUGCGCCUUCUACGAGGUGUCGGCCAGUGAGGACUACAGCCAGGUGCACGGCGCCUUCCACCGGCUGUGCUGCCAGAUUGCCAAGCAGCCGCUUCCCGCGCCACCGCCCGUCCAAACCGCCCCUGCAGAGAAGCGGCGCUCUCCGCUCAUCCCCAGGCCCAAGUCUCCUAACAUGCAGGACCUGAAGAGGCGUUUCAAGCAGGCGCUGUCGGCCAAGGUCAGGACUGUGACCUCUGUGUGAGGAGGAGGACAGCAGGGGGUUGGAGCUACAGGUGGUCCAGGGUGGGCUACAGGAAGAAUGGAAUUUUAGAAGCUUCUCACAUGAAGUCCUGUGCUGGCAGAGACGAGGUAGAGGUGAGGUGUCAUGUCCUGCAGCAGCGAGGAUGCUCAGGAGGUGUUGAGGACAGACACACACACACACAUAGUAAAAGACGUUCUUCUGUUUAGUUGCCUUUAAUGGCUCAAUGGUGGUGCUACCACACACGAGGGGACAUGAUGGACAUGGGAGGUGUAGCAUGGCAGCAUUAUUAUCACUGAUGCACUUUAAACAGCAAGUAACCAAAGGGCCUGUUGUUGUUAUUUAUUAUUUGUUGCCAAUUCACAUGGUUUGUGUUCACAAUAAAAUGAUGAAAUCGAAUUUGCCUGUCUUACCACCAUCAUAUUUACGCUCACUUUGAAUUACCAAUUGUGUUUUAUUAUUGUGUCUAGUUUGCAGUGGCGUACAACCUUUCUGCACCAUCCUCAAAGGUGUUUCUAAUAUUUUGGUUCCCUUUUUUUAUGAGGUUUCAAAUGGUUUAAAAUAAUAAAACACCUCUCGGUGUGUGUGGGUUUUCUCCUGGUACUCCGGUAUUCCUCCCACAUGUCCAA